AUGGACAGCGCGUACGACGUGCCCGACUCGACCGACUGGCUCAGUACUCCUCUGAACGGCUUCUCCGAGUUGGAAAAUGCAUUGCACUGUCAAAUAUGCAAAGAGUUCUACGACACGCCGAUGAUCACUUCUUGCAACCACACCUUCUGCUCCAAAUGUAUACGAACAUCGCUCUCAGCAGACGGCAAAUGCCCUGCUUGCAGAACCUCAGACCAGGCGAACAAGCUGCGCAACAACUGGGCAUUACAGGAAGUGGUCACGACCUUUGUGACAGCGAGGCCCGCAGCUCUUGGAGUGGCGAGGCAGGCACAAGAUGAUCUCGAGGCGCCGAAACGAGUCGGAAAGAGGAAGAGACCGGCGGUAUUAGACUCUGACGACAUUUCUGAGGCGGAAGCAUCUGGACGGACAACUCGUAGCAAGAGUCGACGAAUCGCCGCUUCUCAAGAGUCGCAACCAGAGCCCAUUGAGAUUGCCGACAGCAACGACGAAGACGAGGAGUACAUGCCUGAACCACCGCCGGAUGAUGGUCGUGUUGAAUGCCCACUUGGAUGUGGCAAGCGAAUGAAAGAGGUUGACGUGUUCACUCACUUGGACAGAUGCGAAGACGAGAAGAAGCAAGCAAGCAGAUCAAAAGCAAGGACGCCAUUGAACGGUUUUGGCAGAUCAGCAUCAGGGCACAAUGCGAGACCACAGGAUCGCAUCAACGAGCUCAACUAUUCCAUGAUGAAGGAGCUGGCGCUGAAGAAGAAACUGAAAGAUGUUGGUAUCCCAGACUGGGGGACAAAGCAACUCUUGAUUCAACGGCACAGAGAAUGGGUCAACAUCUGGAAUGCGAACUGCGACUCUAAUCACCCACGCUCGAAGCGAGACCUGCUCUACGAUUUGGACGUAUGGGAAAGGACACAGGGUGGCAGGGCACCCAACCCAAAUGGGUUGAGCAGCACCAUUAUGAAGAAAGACUUCGACGGAGACGCAUACUCAAAAAGGCAUCAAGAUGAGUUCAGCCGGCUUAUUGCUGAUGCGAAGCGCAAGAAGAGCAAUCCUGCCACUGAGACCAAGUCGCCAAAGGAUGAAGAGGAUACUACUCAGCAACCAACAGAGGACGGGAGUGCUGAUUCCACCAACCCGGCAGCUAAUGAGCAAGUGAAGCCGUACGAAAACAACCCCGAGGCACUAUCCUCCAUUCGUGAGAAGGUAGAGGCUCUGAAUCGUGGAGAAUCCAUCGAACCCGUCCUGAACGAAGGCUUCAAGGCCCCUUCAACGGAGGCCGUACCCAUUCCAACUGGUCCAUCAAAUGCACAUGACUUUGCCCUGCCACAGUCGACUCAACCUGCAGCCAAGCCGCCGAGUACAUCCAACGCUACGAGUCAAUCCUCGAAUACCAACGGGGACCACAGCAAUGUAUUGCGGAUAGCGCAACCAGUGAAGGGGGCUUCCCCUGAGAAGCACGCCGCCAGUCUCGGCCGCCCAUCAAGCAGAGACGAGCAUUCAACACACAGACACACCGGGUCCCCAUGUGAUUUGGCUACUCACAUCACCGAUGCAUCAAAUCCCCCAAGAAAGGUCCCCAUGUUUGCGGUCCCAGCGCAGCCAGUCGGAGAUAUCGACGGAGGAGUGGCAGGAUCCUAG